AAUAUUUUUCCAUGGUUACAUGAUUUAUCAUUCACCCCCCCCCCCCCCAGAGCUGACAAGCAAUCUGCUGGGUGAUACCUGUCUCAUUGUUCCAAACCUACUUCCAUGUUAUUUAUAUUUGCAAUAGAAUGAUCUUAUAACAUUAAAACCCUAAUUAUAUCCCCAUCAAACCACGUGAUCAAUCAUUUGUUUUUCUUCUGUGUUUCUGCUCCCAUAGUUCUUUCUCUGUAUGUGGAUAGUGUUUUUUCUCUUAAGUUUCUCUAGAUUGUCCUGGAUCCUUGCAUUGCUGUAUAAAAAACUUUUCAAACCUUAAAGUACUGUAAUAAAGCUAUUACUAUUGUCAUCACCAAUAACUACGUUUUCCUGGGCAUGACUCUUUAGUAAUGGUUCUGGCUUUCCUGCUCAGAUGAGGUCACUGUGGCAUAAAAGAUGUUGCAGUGGAAAAUGCCCUGGAUUUGGAGAUGAAACCUGGCUCCAAUAUGUCCUGUCUAUGUGACUUUAGACAAGUCAUUGGCUUCUCUGGGUCUCAUCUGCAAAAUAGAGGUGUUGGAAUAGAUUACCUCUAAGUUCUCUUCCAAUUUCAAUCUAUGAUCCCAAGCCACAACUCAUGUACUGUCAAAUGAUUGUUUUCUCUUAGGAAAAAACUGAAUUCUACUCACAGAAUUUCCACCACUAAUGAGACGAGCUAAAGAGAUUGUGUUAAAGUUUGAAGGGAGGCUGACCAGAACAAGAGGCUAUCAAGCAGCAGGUGUUGAUCUCUGGAGAAAAUUUGUCAGGCUAGCUUAUAACUUUGUGGUCAUCUUCAUUCCAUGGGAAAUGAGAAUAAAGAAAAUAGAAAGUCAUUUUGGAUCUGGUGUUGCCUCCUAUUUUAUCUUUUUGAGAUGGCUGUUUGGAAUUAACAUAGUGCUUACCAUAAUGACUGGUGCUUUUAUUGUUAUUCCAGAGCUGAUUGCAGGGCAGCCCUUUGGAAGCACCAUCAGCAAGACUAUUCCCAAGGACCAAGUUGCCUCAGCACAAGACUUGGACACUGUUUGGUCCCUGGGGGGCUAUCUCCAGUACUCAGUUUUAUUUUAUGGCUACUACGGCAAAGAGAGGAAGAUUGGCAAGGCAGGCUACCGGCUACCAUUGGCUUAUUUCCUGGUUGGCAUGGCGGUGUUUGUUUACAGUUUUAUCAUUCUGUUAAAGAAAAUGGCAAAGAAUUCCAGAAUGAGCCUUGCAAGUGCAUCCAAUGAAAACUAUACAUUUUGUUGGCGGGUAUUUUGUGCUUGGGAUUAUCUCAUAGGAAACCCAGAGGCUGCAGAGAGUAAGGCUGCUGCCAUCGUGAAUAGCAUUAGGGAGGCUAUCUUGGAGGAACAAGAAAAGAAGAAAAGCAAAAAUUUGGCAGUAACCAUAUGUCUCCGCAUCAUUGCAAACAUCCUAGUGCUCCUCUCACUUGCUGGGAGCAUUUAUCUCAUCUACUUUGUGGUAGACCGGUCCCAGAAGCUGGAGCGAACCAAAGAAGAACUGACGCUUUGGGAAAAAAAUGAGGUCAGUGUGGUGGUUUCCCUGAUUACUAUGAUAGCUCCUUCUGCCUUUGAACUUGUGGCUGCAUUAGAGAUGUACCACCCACGGACUACACUCAGAUUCCAGCUUGCAAGGGUUCUUGUAUUAUAUCUUGGAAACCUGUACAGCCUCAUCAUUGCUCUCCUGGACAAGGUGAACAGCAUGAGUAUUGCUGAAACUGAAGCCAAAAAUAAUGCAAGCAUCUGGGAAUAUUCUCCUCACUUCCUACCAACCAGAGCACUUUCUGAGGAAGAGAAAUGGUCCCCAACAAUUUCUGGUAUCCAAGUGAAACAAAACAACACAAUUCAACAUUACCUAAUACCCAUUACAGUCACUAAUAAGACAACUUCCUACAACUAUAAUGUGCAGAAUCAACAGGACCAAUGCUGGGAAACAUAUGUUGGACAGGAAAUGCUGAAGCUUUCCAUUAUUGACAUGAUUUUCACAGUGGCAAGCAUUCUGCUUAUUGAUUUUUUCCGUGGUCUUUUUGUUCGAUAUUUAAGUGACUGUUGGUGUUGGGACCUGGAAAGCAAGUUUCCAGAAUAUGGAGAAUUCAAAAUAGCUGAAAAUGUACUCCAUUUGGUCUACAAUCAAGGAAUGAUUUGGAUGGGAGCUUUUUUCUCACCCUGUCUUCCAGCAUUCAAUGUUCUCAAAUUGAUUGGUCUGAUGUAUUUACGGAGUUGGGCUGUGCUAACCUGUAAUGUGCCCCAUCAGCAAGUUUUCCGAGCCUCCAGAUCCAAUAACUUCUACUUGGCAAUGUUGCUGUUUAUGCUGUUUCUGUGUAUGCUGCCAACAAUUUUUGCUAUUGCCCGAUAUAAACCAUCUUUAAACUGUGGUCCCUUUAGUGGGCAAGAGAAAAUCUAUGAUAUUGUAUCUGAAACUAUUAAGAAUGACUUUCCGUUGUGGUUCAACUCAGUGAUUGGCUAUGUCAGUAGCCCUGUUGUCAUUCUUCCUGCUUUGCUUCUUCUCUUCAUGCUGAUCUAUUACCUUCAGAGUAUUGCAAGAUCAUUGAAGUUCACCAAUAGUCAACUGAGAAUGCAGAUUCAAAGUGAUAGAUCUGAAGACAAGAAAAAGGUUGCCCAAAUGAUAGUAGCCAGGACCCAGACCCAGGAGGGAAGCAAGAAGUCUCAGGAAAAUGAUUUCAUCAAUCAGCAGGCCUCAAUUCACUCAAUGACUCCUAGGAAACAUGGUCAUGUGGUCAACUUUGACUCUCCAGGAAGCAGAAUUCCAACCAUCUCACAAGCCAUUCCCCAAGCCAAGAUCCUUAGGCCAGUGGAGAUCACUUCUUCAGUUACUAGCAUCUCCAAAGCACGAUCUGAGCACCACAGGUAUCCAUAUUUUACACAUGAUAGUGACCUCUCCAAGACCAAGUCCUACACCCCAGUUACUUUCAAGAAACACUUGGAAGAUAUCCAUUCAGAUCCUCUCUUUCACAAAGGCAUCCCUCAGGAGAACCCUGAUGUGCUUGGAGCAGGAGCCCCAGGGUUUUUAAGAGGGCAAAUCCAUGUCCCUAGAUAUUACAUUGUUAAUGAGAGGGAAUCCAGAAGAAAACCGCGUUCUAUCUCCCGAUCACCAAGACACUUCCAUAGGAACAAUUUGGCUGACUUUGGUGAGAUGUAUUCUAGAAACAAAAGAGGCUACUUGUUAUCAAAACCCCACCAUGCCUACCCUCCACAUCUGAGUGAUGAAGAGGAAGAAGAAGUGAGAAGGAACAUAUUCAGUAGAUCUUUUCGGCCACGAUCCUUCUCGGAUCUUCAUCAGAUGCCUCAUUUUUACAUUGGUGAACAAACAGAGAGACAAAUCUUGGCUGCUGAAGAUCUGGCCAGGAUGCAUUAUCAAUCUUGGAAUGAUGGCUUUGAGGCAGACCACUACCGACCAGUUUAUUUGUAUAAAAAGCCUCAAUCACGGAAUUUUGACCCAGAACCUCGCUACCCAGAGCAUUUUAUGAAACCAAAUAACAAACAAAAGAUGGAGCCAUCUUUCACAGAGUCUGAUUCAGUGUCUGCCUCCAGCAGUGACCAGCAAAAUAGUAGCACUGAUCAAUACAUCCAAAUCAUUCAUAACAAAGACAAGUACCUGAAGUCUACAGGCAAGCUUAGCAGAAAGAAAUCCAAGUCUAGGCUUGAAAUGAGUAUUGUAGAUCCCAAUGAAUUGGUUUGUUCAAAUGUCUAGAUGAAAUAGAUUUAUUGUUACCUCAGGAAUAGCACAGCACAUCAUUAUGAUUCUAGAAUCAGGAAUGAGGGUACAUAUCAGACUUUUGGGGAAAAGAAAUUAACCAUGAAUCACUAUGGACCAAUGGGAAUAAAGUUUGAUUUGUGUGGGAAACAUAUCCAUGAUUUCUAUAAUAUAUUCAUGGAUUCCCAAUGCUAUGAAACUUUUCUGUUCUAGAGCAUCAACAACAAAGUUGUACAUUGACAAUCAUUAUUUAAUACAUGUGUUCUUAAGGGCAGUGGAUCAUGGUAUUUUCUAUCUAGUUAGAUAAACAUUUGGCACCAUUUCUGAUAUUUGAAGUCAAAGCGGAGUGCCAUAUUACUCGAAAUCGUCCUUCCAAUGCAUUUUGCCUUGAAAAGGGUAAAGUCACUACAAGACAUGGGCUGGAUGUGGGGUCUUCCAUCUGUAUUGCUAUAACUAGUUUCUCAUCCUGAAAAAGAAUAAUAAUAAAAUCCUAUGUUUAUCAUUACAUUGUCUUUUAAGAAGUAAACAUUUCCCAUGCAAUUAAAAUAAUCUGUAAAUAAUUUUUUGUUUCUUAAAGACAUGGCUUCUUAACUCUGUGUGUGUGUUUUCAUGUUGUAGACUCUUUUGGCAAUCAGGCAAUAAACAUUUAUUAACCCCUAUUGUCAGGCACUGACUUAAGUUCUGGCAGUUUGGUAAAACCUAUAGAAUAAUAUGUUAAAUGCAUAAAAUAAAAUUCAGAGGAUCAUAAAUAAA